AUGGGGACGGUUUUAGUUAUCGGUUUCGCGGACGGGGAUACCAAUACCCGGCCCGAACCCGGCACGUUGCCAUUCCUACCACCGUCUGCAACUUUUUCCGCCAACCACACCACCACCUGCAGGCUGCAGCUUUCUCCGGCUACCCCACCACCACCACCUGCAACUUCCUCCAUCCACCCAACCCUUGCAUAUAGAAAACCAGCAAACCGACGACCACCAAAUCAGAGAUUUGGUUCUCUAAUUGUGGGCCUCGUCGAAAUGGGUUCUCUUUCCUUAGUUUCAACGGACCUUUCAACAAAAAUGGAGCUUUCAUGGGAGGAAGCUCUUGAUGUAGACGACUCCGAUCUCCGAUCACUCACCCUUCUCCGCCCUUGCAAGCAGCAGCGCCGCCGUGAUGAAACCAAUCCUCCUACCACCACCGACCUUCCUCUUUCUCAAACCCUAGAUUUCUCACAUUCGCCAUCUCAAACCGACAACUCUCUUCCGCGAAACUUCAAUAGCGUGUGCCAGUAUGAAGCACCACCUCCCUCUCGUGUAAUUCCAGGCCCUGCUGGCAUUGUUCAGGCUGCUAAGCUUCUUAAAACACGCGAUAACGGGAGGUUUUUAGGCCAGGAGGAGCCCAUGGCCACCCAGGGGUAUAUAAGGAGAGUGGUUGAAGAUCCUGAAGAGGAUGCUGAUUUUAAGUGCAGUCCUUGGCUUUCUGCCAUGGAAUUUUUCGGUGGUGAUGGUAUGUUCAAUUCUGUUCCGAGUGCACAUCUGGGCGAUAUAAAGAGGUAUCUGAAAAAUGGAAAACUUGAUCAGGUUGUUGCAGUUGUCAAGUCUUGUGCUCCAAAUGCACUAGGUGAUCUGAUGGUAGUGCUGAAAGAUCCUACAGGUACAGUUUCUGGUACUAUUCAUCACAAAGUCCUUACCGAGGGUGAGUUUGGAAAGGGUAGUUUUGUAGGAUCUGUUCUGGUACUCCACAAGGUUUCCGUGUUUUCCCCUUCACGAUCAGCAAAUUAUCUUAACAUUACAAAGAGGAAUUUGGUAAAGGUUUUCUACAAGGAUGGUGGACCUUCACAAACAUCCCAUGGAUGUAGAACCAUAGAUGCUGCUCCUAGUUCUGAUUCUGUGCGGAGGACGACGAUGUUGCAUGGUGCAUUUUCUCAAGAACCACGAGCAGAAGGAAUCGCGAAUGGAACCAAAACUAAUGCUAAAAGUAAACCGAGUUUGCAUAUUGGUGAUGAUCAAGAAAACACAAAUCCGAUUGUGUCAACUGGGCACCAUAUGAUUGCAACAGAUAACGAAAUCUUGAAAGAAACAGAUGUUAUCGGAAGUGGUGAAAACGAGCAUAGGGCCUUUGACAAUUGUAAACAACCAACCGAAGGUGGUGGUCAUAAAUGUGGUUCUAACUUUGUUAAUGAUGGAAACAAAAAUGGAGUCAAGGGAAGAGAUGCAGUUCGGGUUCAUGUAGAACCAGCAAAAGCAAAUGGUUCACUACCCGUUUGGACAGAUGAGCAGUUAAACGAACUCUUUGACGUUGAUUUUCAGGAUGAUAUGUCGUUUUGACGGUUUGAUGGUAGUUCAGUAACGACACUAGUGUUCAUAUAUA